ACCCCGGGCCGGCAGCAGCGGCGACGCCCUCGGGAGCCAGCGGCACCUUCUCGGUUCAGCCCGUGAGACCCCACGGUCCCUCGGCUUUGAGGGACCCCCUUUCACUAUCGGAGGACCAUAGGAUCCUGGACCUCCCCAGGGAAAUGUCCUGCACCAUGAGCACCAACAAGCUGGAAGAGAAUAGUCCAGAGGGAGAUGCAGGGAGACUUGAGUGGAAGCCCAAGGUCAAAGAUGAGUUCAAAGAUAUAUCCAUGUACUUCUCCAAAGAAGAAUGGGCAGAGAUGGGAGAGUGGGAGAAAAUUCGCUAUAGGAACGUGAAAAGGAACUAUAAAAUGCUGAUUUCUAUAGGUCUCAGAGCCCCUAGGCCAGCUUUCAUGUGUUACCAAAGGCAACAAACCAAGCCCCAGAUAGAUGACAGUGAGGAUUCUGAUGAAGAAUGGACACCUAAGCAGCAAGGUAGUCCUUCUUGGGUGCCUUUAAGAGUGAAGCACACUAAACAACAGAAGGGAGCACCUAGAAUGCCAUUAAAUAAUGAAUCUAAUGUGAAAGAAGUGUCUGGAAUAGAAAAUUUGCUGAAUACAAGUGGCUCAGAACACCCCCAGAAACCAGUGUCCUCUCCUGGAGAAGGAAAUGCCUCUGGACAGCACUUUGAACAAAAACCAAAACUCAGGAAAAAGAAUGUUGAAGUGAAGAUGUACAGUCUGCGAGAGAGAAAGGGCCUUGCAUAUGAAGAGGUCAGCGAGCCCCAGGAUGAUGACUAUCUCUAUUGUGAGAAGUGCCAGAAUUUCUUCAUCAACAGUUGUCCCAACCAUGGGCCUCCUAUAUUCGUAAAAGACAGUAUGGUGGAAAGAGGGCAUCCCAACCACUCAGUCCUCAGUCUGCCCCAUGGGCUGAGAAUUGGUUCAUCAGGCAUCCCUGAGGCUGGACUUGGAGUAUGGAAUGAAGCCUCUGACCUGCCAGUGGGUCUGCACUUUGGCCCCUAUAAAGGCCAGAUCACAGAGGAUGAAGAGGCAGCCAACAGUGGAUACUCCUGGCUGAUCACCAAGGGGAGAAACUGCUAUGAGUAUGUCAAUGGGCAGGAUGAGUCCCAAGCCAACUGGAUGAGGUAUGUGAACUGUGCCCGGGAUGAUGAGGAGCAGAAUCUGGUGGCCUUUCAAUAUCACAGACAGAUCUUCUAUCGAACCUGCCGGGUCAUCAGACCAGGUUGUGAGCUUCUGGUCUGGUAUGGGGAUGAGUACGGCCAGGAACUGGGCAUUCAGUGGGGAAGCAAGAGGAAGAAUGGAUUCACAACAGGAGAAGGUGGGCACUACUAUGGUUCCUUAAAAAACAAAGAAAAGAAGGAAUUCUCCUUGAAAAUUUUUGUGUUUCAACUCUUUGUUCUUUAAUGAUUUAUAGUUAAAGUGAAGUUUAAAUCCAUUAGAGAAAAUGAAAAUUGCAAGCACCUCUAUAGGAGGUACAGCCUCAAGUGUUAAAAACGUAUCAUAAAUGAACUGCAUAAAAGUCAGCAUCUAGAGCACCCAGAAUAGUAAUACUGUAGUGAAAAGUGGGGGAUGGGAGAGUUGGGGUGAGGCAAAAAAAAUGAAACAUGAGUACACUUUUAAUCCUGGCACUCAGGAGGCAGAGGCAGGUAGAUCUCUGAGUUCGAGGCCAGCCUGGUGUACAGAUUGAGUUCUAGGAUAGCCAGGACUA